AUGAAGAGAAUUGUUGACCUACAAGAUGCUGACACAGGCAACCAUGGCCGAACAAUCAAACAGCUGCAGGAAGAAGUGGAACAAGCUCUGAAUGAAGAGGAACAAAAAUGGAAACAAACAAGAAUAAGAGUUAAUGGAGAGGCCAUCAUUUCCUUUAAUCCCUCAAGAGGAAUUAGACAAGGAGACUCCCUCUCUCCUUAUCUUUUUAUCAUAGUUGCAGGAGCCUUUUCCUGCCUCUUGAAUCAAGCUGAAUUGAAGGGCAGUAUCUCAAGCAUACCAAUUGGAGCUGGGUCUAUUCGUGUUAACCAUCUGUUUUUUGCAGAUGAUAGUUUGCUUUUUUGCAAGGCCAACUCUUUGGAGUGGAGCAGGAUGCUGUACAUACUGGAGGUCUAUGAGAAGGCCUCGAGGCAGGUGAUAAACAAAGAUAAAACCAGCAUCUUUUUUAGUAGCAACACUCUUACUGAGAUCCAAAACAACAUCCUUAACAUCUCAGGAGUUAAAGCAUCUGGCUCUUUUGAAAAAUAUCUUGGCCUACCUACUGUUCUGGGCAAAUCCAAAGGGGCAGCUUUUCAUUCUCUUAUUGAUAGGACAUGGCAAAGGAUUACAAACUGGAAGACUAAAUUUCUGUCAGCGGCAGGGAAAGAAUUACUCAUGAAGGCUGUCCUACAAGCCAUCCCAACAUACACUAUGGGCAUCUUCAUGCUCCCAGUGUCAAUAUCCAAGAGAAUUAACCAACUGUUGAGGAAGUUUUGGUGGGGUUUUGAGGAAGACCAUACUAAGGUUCAGUGGGUAAAGUGGGAUCAAUUGAGCCUGGGAAAGGAGAAGGGUGGUCUCGGCUUCAGGGAUAUCAAGAGCUUCAAUCUUGCCAUGUUGGCAAAACAAAGCUGGCGCCUACUCCAAUAUCCAAGCUCACUGCUAGCUCAGAUUCUCAAGCAAAAGUAUUUUCCCAAUGGGGCACUAUUGGACUCAAAGCUGGGCAGCAGGCCAUCCUAUGCAUGGAAGAGCAUCCAAAAUGGCCUACAUCUCUUAAAGGAAGGACUGGUGUGGAGAAUUGGUAAUGGGAAACGGGUAAACAUAUGGGAAGACAAGUGGAUCCCUCAACCUCAUACAUACAAGGUAUCGUCCAUCAAGCCUGAGGAAACAACACUUUCAUUAGUAGCAGACCUUAUUGAUCCAGAUAUGAAGCAAUGGAAGGAGCCAAUUCUACACAGUCUGUUAUCUACAAAUGAGGUAGACGUCAUCAAGUCUAUUCCAAUUAGCAUUGGUGGGAGGGAUGACCAACUAGUGUGGAAUGACACUAAAAACAGUAAGUUCUCUGUUAGUAGUGCCUACCACCUAGAUAGAGAGAUGGAGUCUAGACUAAAGGGGGGAUUCUCACACCUUGAUCCCCUUUCUAGUGUUUGGAAAACCUUAUGGAAGCUACCAACUACACUAGCAGUCAGAAUGUUCGUAUGGAAAACAUGUAGUGAGGCUUUACCCACCAUGACAAACUUGAUGAGAAGACACAUUGUCACAGAAAAUUACUGCCCAAUAUGCAAACUAGAGUGUGAAACAACUGAGCAUGCCCUUUGGAGCUGUGAGGCUGCUAAGGAUAUUCUAAGCAAAGCUUUUGGUGAAAUAGAGGCUUACAAAUCCAGCCAAGACCACCAAGGCUCUUGUCCAACCAGUCAUAAUGAGGGGUCAGAUCGUGUCUGGCUCAAACCUCCUGCAAGUUACUAUAAGUUGAACUGGGAUGCAGCCCUUAAUUCUGCUCAGGGACUAGUGGGAAUUGGUGCCAUUUUGAGAGAUAAUCUAGAAAGAAGCAUCGGUACUCUUCAGGCCAGGAGGGAGCUGAAUUUGAAUCUAUUCAGUGGGGAAGCUUAUGCCUUGAUGAUGAGUGUCGUUUUUUGUAAGGAAAUUGGUGUUUCUAAUCUGGUAGUCGAGGGAGAUGCACUACAAGUCAUCUGGCUUCUUAAUGGCAGUUCUCUCAACUGUAGUUGUGGUGGAUUGAUAGUGGAAGACGCCAAGAGGGAGCUGAACAACUUUGCUAACUGGUCAGCAGUUCACACUAAGAGGGAAGGCAACAAAGCAGCCCAUGCUUUAGCCAGAAAUGCCCUCACACUUUCUGAAGAUUUGUUAGAACUUGAACUUACGCCAAUUUGUAUUCAACAGAUUGUAACAAGUGAAAUGUCUGUAAUGUCUUGUUAA